AUGUCGCUGUUGAAACAGCGUCUGAUGGGUUCGGCCGUAGUGGCUGUGGAGCUAGAGGAGGUGUCGAUCAACACUUUGCAUGUCUUCAUCGAGCAGACUUCAGAAUACGCGCCUUCCAACGCGAAGAUCAUCGUCGACCACCUGAACGCUCUGGCGCCCAAGGCCGCGACGCAGGUCGACGCGGAGGACGGAACGGCCGAAGCCCUCCACGCGCUUACGACUCGGAUAAAGGCGGACAAGAUCGAUUUCAGGGACAUCGGCAUCGGCUACUGCAAGCAGCCGGAUUGUGGCAAGUAUGGCCCUGCCACGUAUGUUGUGAAGGAGAUCUUGAUCACAGACAUCGGCAAACGUGGCAAUGGAGUUUUCCUCUACCAACUUGCCGAGGUGGUGGUACGCACAGUCCUCGUGGCCGUGCUAAAAUCCGCGCCGGACAACAUGCGUCAGAACCUCCUGCGUGCCAUUGGUUCAGGUGUCGGGAAUCAGCUCGACAAUCUGGACUUCGGCUCUCUGCACUUUGACUUGGGUGACGGUGGCGGAUUGCAGACCGUAGGGGAGAUGACUGGGUGGCUCUCGGGGGAGUUUGCCAGCCUUCCCAUGAAGGCCACCAACGCCGCUGUUGCCUUGAACACGAAGGCAUUGGAGGUAGGCGCCAUGACGCAGAUGCCGCCGCCGCUUUUGGCGCCCCCUCCGGAGGGCUUUGAGGGCGCUGUGCUUGCAGGCAAAGCUAAGGCCAACCUGCUGGGUGAGAAGAUCUUCUUCUCGGGCUGCCUGGCUGGCGCCUUCAUCGGCUACGGCGCCUACCUGGCCUGCACCGUAGGAGGGAACUGCCCGGGCCUGGCCGAGAAAAACCCCGGGCUCCAGAAGUUGGUCUUCGGCUCCUUCGGGCUUCCCUUCGGGCUCUUCAUGACGGUGCUCUCGGGCACGGAGCUCUUCACGGGCAACGCGGCGAUUGUGACCAUGGCGGUGUUUCAGGGCAAGGCCGAUCUGCAGCAGCUGGCGAGGUCCCUGCUGCUUUCCUGGCUGGGCAACCUUGUGGGUGCGGUGGGUGUGGCAAGGCUGGCAAUUACGGCCGGUACCAUGCCCGGCGGUGGUGCGACGGUGACGCUGGCGGUGGCCAAGACGUCGCUACCCUUUGCAACGGUCUUUGUGCGGGGCAUCCUCUGCAAUUGGCUGGUGUGUAUGGCGGUGUACAUCGCUUCUAUGGCCAAAGACACAGCUGGCAAGGCCAUAGCCAUUUGGUUUCCCAUCUCUGCUUUCGUUACAUUGGGAUUGGAGCAUUCUGUCGCCAACAUGUUCAUCAUCCCGGCGGGCAUCUUCGCAGGUGCCGACGUGUCCUGGGCACAGUUCCUGCUCCACAAUCUGCUGCCUGUCUCACUCGGGAACAUGUUUGCCGGGAUGUUUCUUGUGGCGCUGCCAUACUCCAUACUUUUCGGCGCCGACCUAGCUGCGAGAAGCCACGCGUCGCGUUUGAUCGACGCCAAAGAGGUGUGUACCUGCGUACCUCAGUUCAGCAUUUUUUUGUUGUGCCAGUUCGAGAACGAUAUUCGGAACUCGGCCAUCGCGGACCAGGCCAAGAUGGGCCUGGAGGCAGCCAAGAUCGGCACAGAUUUGGUGGGCAUGGGCGUGAAGGCCAACACGGCCUUCACCAACAUGGGCGUGAAAGCCAACACCGAGGUCCUCAAAGCAGAGACCAAGGCGAACAACUUCUUCAACAAAGUCAGGGAUGGCUUCACCACCGGCUUCACGUCGGGCCUGAGCCGCUGA